AUGAGUGAGCUUGACGACAGGGAGCAUGAUGACAAGGAGCUUGCUCAGAAGGAGCUCACUGAGAGGGAGCUUGCCGACAAGCUCGCCUCCUUUGCGACAGCUGUGACCAAAGGCGAACCUGACUCUACCAUCCUCGCCAUGCUCAACGACUUCGAGGCGUCGGAUGCCCCAAGUGAGGAUACUCUUCGUAGAACCGGCGCUGGCAGACACGCGGGUAAGCUUCGCAGCAGCACCAACAAGGAGAUCGCCCGUGUGGCCCUGAAGGUCGUGGACAAGUGGAAGAAGAAUGUGGGUCCUAGGAACAACUCCAAGGGCGAUGCGCGUCUCAAGAUGAAGAUGGCCGCCUCUUCACGCACCAGCACCCCGUCCAAUACCGCCUCGCCCGGUCCCCCUCCCACGCCCUCCGUCAACCAGCCCUACCAGGGCGACACCGAGAAACGCCACUUCAAGGUGGACAAGGUCGACCUGAAGCGCACCUCCUCUGACGUCCGCAACAACUGCAUCGGCGUGUUGUACAACGGACUUGCCUACCGGUCCACCGACUCCGUCGAGGUCGUGGUCGCCAAGGCUAUCGAGGUGGAGGCGGCCGCCUUCAAGCACUUCAAGGGCGAGGGUGGCGAGUACAAAGUGAAGAUCAGGUCCCUGUUCUCGAACCUCAAGGUCAAGAGCAAUCGCGAGUUGGGUCGUAGGGUCAUGUCCGGGGAGAUUACCCCUGCCGAAUUUGUCAAGAUGAGUCAGGAUGAGCUCAAGUCCCAGGAGCACAAAGAGCGCGACAACAAGCUUGAGAAGGAGAACAUGAACAAGGCCCAGGUUGCCCAGCCCGAGAAAUCCAUCAGCGACGCCCUCACCUGUGGCAAGUGUGGCCAGAAGAAGGUCAGCUACUCUCAGGCACAGACCCGCAGCGCCGAUGAGCCUAUGACCACUUUCUUUCUCCUAAGCACGAAACGGCAGACGGCGUGA